UCCUAUAAAAGACGCGAGCCGCCUUCCCAGAGGCACACAGAGAAAUCCCUCUUUGCUCCAACAACAUGUCUCGUCUCGUGGUUUUGUUCGCGUUGGUGGUCGUGCUCGCCGUGGUGGUGUCGGCCCAGUGGGGCGGCAUGAACGGCGGCGGCAUGAACGGCGGUUUCGGCGGCGGCAGGGGCGGCCAGGGCUGGGGCCAGGGUGGCAUGAACGGCGGCUUCGGCAGAGGCGGCAUGAACGGCGGAUACAACGGCGGCCAGGGCUGGGGCCAGGGCGGCAUGAACCGCGGCAUGAACGGCGGCUUCGGCGGUAUGCCCAUGAGGCCCAUGGGCCGCAUGAACGGCGGCAUGAACGGCGGCAUGGGCAUGAUGAUGAACGGCGACUAGACGUCAUGAGCAGCAACCGGCCCACCGCCGACCCCCCCUUGUUCUUCCCUGUCCCUGUAUAGUGACCCGUAGCCCAUAAUGUUUCCGCUGUAAAAGUCUUAACACAGAAUAAAUGAAUGCUUUCGAUAUCUUUUCCAAAA